AUGGGAAAGGACAAGUCCCACGUUAACGUCGUCGUUAUCGGCCACGUCGAUUCCGGCAAGUCGACCACCACCGGUCACUUGAUCUACAAGUGCGGUGGUAUCGACAAGCGUACGAUCGAGAAGUUCGAGAAGGAAGCCGCCGAGUUGGGCAAGGGUUCCUUCAAGUAUGCUUGGGUGCUCGACAAGCUCAAGGCCGAGCGUGAGCGUGGUAUCACGAUCGACAUCGCGCUUUGGAAGUUCGAGACGCCGAAGUACAUGGUCACCGUCAUCGACGCCCCCGGUCACCGUGACUUCAUCAAGAACAUGAUUACCGGUACCUCCCAGGCCGACUGCGCUAUCCUCAUCAUCGCCGCUGGUACUGGUGAGUUCGAGGCCGGUAUUUCCAAGGACGGCCAGACUCGCGAGCACGCCCUUCUUGCCUUCACUCUUGGUGUCAGGCAGCUCAUCGUUGCCAUCAACAAGAUGGACACCACCAAGUGGAGCGAGGACCGUUUCAACGAGAUCGUCAAGGAGACGUCUACCUUCAUCAAGAAGGUCGGCUACAACCCGAAGGCGGUCGCUUUCGUGCCCAUCUCCGGCUGGCACGGCGACAACAUGUUGGAGGAGUCCGCCAACAUGACCUGGUACAAGGGCUGGUCGAGGGAGACCAAGGCCGGUCCUGUCAAGGGCAAGACGCUCCUCGACGCUAUCGAUGCCAUCGAGCCCCCUGUCCGUCCCUCCGACAAGCCCCUCCGUCUUCCCCUCCAGGACGUCUACAAGAUUGGUGGUAUCGGCACGGUGCCCGUCGGUCGUGUCGAGACCGGUAUCAUCAAGGCCGGCAUGGUCGUCACCUUCGCGCCCUCGAACGUGACUACUGAAGUCAAGUCGGUCGAGAUGCACCACGAGCAGCUCGAGCAGGGUUCCCCUGGUGACAACGUUGGUUUCAACGUCAAGAACGUCUCGGUCAAGGAUAUUCGCCGUGGUAACGUCGCCUCUGACUCGAAGAACGACCCCGCGAAGGAGGCUGCGUCCUUCAACGCCCAGGUCAUCAUCCUCAACCACCCUGGUCAGAUCGGUGCCGGCUACGCGCCCGUGCUCGACUGCCACACCGCCCACAUCGCCUGCAAGUUCGCCGAGCUCAUCGAGAAGAUCGACCGACGGACGGGUAAGUCGAUCGAGGCGGCCCCGAAGUUCGUCAAGUCGGGCGAUGCCUGCAUCGCCAAGCUCGUGCCGAGCAAGCCGAUGUGUGUGGAGUCUUACAACGAGUACCCUCCUCUCGGUCGCUUUGCCGUCCGUGACAUGAGGCAGACGGUCGCCGUCGGUAUCAUCAAGUCCGUCGACAAGACCGACAAGUCUGGAGGCAAGGUGACCAAGUCGGCGGAGAAGGCUGGCAAGAAGAAGUAA